AUGGAUGAGAUGGAGAAGAAAAUAGAAUUCGAAGGGGGAUCUCACAAGUUCGCAGAGGUAGAACUGCUGUCACGUCACACCUCACCCCAAGCUGAUGCUGGGGUUCCGACUACUGAUAUGCGCAAUUCGGGCGAUCCUGCACAUGCCAACUUUGAUGGCAACUUUAAUUUCAGCAAGGAUGGAUUCAGAGUGGUUGAAGGGUCAUUGGAGGAGCGGUACGAGGGUGCCGGGACAUGUUACUCUAAGAAGGAGAACCUCUUCUACCCUUUCGCAUCCAAGGAGGAGUGGGAGAUUGGUGAUUUCCUUCUGUGUUCACCCCUUAGCAUGGCCACGAUUGAUGUGUUUUUGAGGCUUCCACUGGUGUACUCGGAGUGGAUGUUGGGUGAUGCUGCUUGGGAAAUGCAAGUGCCAGACUUGCUCAUCCACUUCUUCUGGGACUCGCUAACAUACGCAUGCGUAUUCACACCAAACUUUCCUCAAAAGCUUUCCUACUUGUGGCUCUUCUCCCCAUCCCAAAGUACCUAUACCCUCGUCAAUGAAUGCGAGGACUGCUUGAAGAUCGCCUUAUGCAUGAAUCCGUUGAUGAAAGCUGCUGAGAUAGGGAUCAUGAUGUCAGAUCCGGUCGGAAAUGUUUGGUACUGCUUCAUGCCUCUUGCAGCAUAUAUCAUCGACACUCCAGAGGCAGCUAUGCUUUCCUGUGUACACGGGAAGACCUCUCCAUUCACCAUGGCUUCUUAUCUGCAGUUUGGUGAUAUUUUUCGGCACCCCCCUCAUACCCACUCUAUCAUGCUUGACCAGCUUGCCAGCAUCACAGUCGAUCCCGCCCACCUUGAGGCAUAUUUUGAUGCCUGCACUGAAUACAGGCUAAACGGCAUCUGCACACCAUUCUGGAUGGACUGGCCGCUCGCUGAUCCCUCAAUCUUCCUGAUGUCAGAAGCACUGCAUCAUUGGCACAAGGAGUUUUUUGACCAUAACUGUCAGUGGUGUCUAGUAGCUGUUGGCACCUCAGAACUCGAUUUCUGGUUCUUGAUCCUACAGCCUGUCACAGGUUACUGCCACUUUGCCGGCGGAAUCUCGAAACUCAAACAAGUCACAGGUGCAGCCCCUCAUUGUUUCGUCAUCGCAAUCUGUGCCCUCAUAGAUGUUCGAUAUUCGGUGCAGUGCCCUGCUCCCGACGACGACUUAUUGGCAAGCAUUGACAAAGCCCUUUUGGCCUUCCAUGAAAACAAGGACAUCAUCAUGACUUUGGGUGUGCGGAUGGGAGCCAAGAAGCCUAUUGAUAACUGGUUUAUUCCUAAACUAGAAUUCCUUCAGAGCAUCACUUCUGGCACGCGCAACGUGGGUGCUCUGAUUCAGUGGUCUGCAGAUGCGACGGAGCACACGCAUGUUUCAGAAAUCAAGGACCCCGCAUGUCAUACUAAUAACAAUGACUAUGACCCCCGGAGUCAUCGCAAUUACCGUGUUCUCAAUCCCAGGCCUGGAGAUAUUCCCGAGGAAGAGGAGGAAGAGGAGGCAAUCAAUUGUGAUGAGUGGGAACAGGACAAUCCACAAACUGUGCUUCUAGAUCAAAUGAACCACACGUGCAUCACCACAAACUACUUCAGUAAAGCAAGGAAAGUAUUUGCUGCGAGGGAUGAAGCUAUUCCUCACCCUCCUCAAACGUUUAUCGCUGGUGGUACAGCAAUCCACCUCAACUACAAUCCUUCUCGCACCGGAGUUAGCGUUGAUGACGUUGCUACUGAUUUCAACAUACUGGAUUUGCAUGUGGUGCUUUCAGAAUUUUUGCUGUGUGAUGCGAGGGAGAGAGGAGAAGUUUAUGGGGUGGGGGUCCAAGAAGAAGGCCGUCAAUUGAAUGUCCUCCGAUCCUUCCAUUUGACCAUCUUCAACUAUGGUAUACUGUUCGCCUUCAGGAAACAGCUUUCCACAAUUCUAGCAUUACAUUACCAGCUCAAACUGUACAUGCAUCUCCUCCUGGCCCUGGGUGGUCAAAAGGCUGACAAGACACUGUCCUUGUCAAUGUUGAAGGAGGGUCUAACAGGUCACGCAAUAUGUGAAUUGCACCUUAUCAUGCAUCCAAUCCCUCGAAGGGGUUCUCACGUCACUUGGAGAGAUCAAUAUCUGUGCUACAUACAGGUUCUGACCACUGGUUCGGUCGAUCCUGCCACUGAUAUGAUCAUUUUGAAAUGUGCCAAGUAUACUGAUGGCACUCCCAUUGGUAAUAUUGUUCCCCGGCAUCAACUUCAUUCAUUUAUCAGCCUCAUUCCUUGGCUAGGAGACGUGGCAGAUGCACGAUUCACAAAGGCGACAUCUAUGCAUUAUUUGCAAAUGUUUCUUUUGAACAAGUACUUCAAAAAAGACUUCUAUUAUGCCCUUUACUAUGCUUCACAUACAUUCUGUUCUCGAUCUAGCUAUCUUCUUGCCACAAUUACAACAUCCAUCCCCGCCAGUGGCGACUUUCAGCAUUGGAAGCAGGAGGACAUGGACCUGUUGAUGAAGCACGAACUUUUAUUGGGUCCAGAUGACGAUCUAACGGGCGGUCAACGAGUUCUGUGGGAGGAGGGCAUACAAAACCGUACAUUGUCCAUCCUUGAUAUCCUUAUUCCAAAAUCCAGUCGGAAAAUUGAAGAUUUACGGGGCAUUAGGGUAAUCGCUCCUUGGACCUACACCAAGUGGCACCUCCACUGGGACCCCGGAAAACCUCUAGCCGACACUGCGAUCGACAGUGUCAGGACCGUCCACAGGCCUCUCGCCUUAGGCGUAAACCACCAAAAACUAUAAUAAAGACCAUAAAAAACCUAGAAUCCACCCCACUAACAUGCCUGGAGGUCGAAGGAGCAUCAGCGUAGGAGGAACCUCCCCACCAACUUCGCGCACAACAUCCCCAACAACAACACCAACAUACGGACUCAACACUCGCAAAACCACCAGAAUUCCUCUCACACAAGAAUCAAUAGAAGCCCAAUCAAACAAAGUCAAAAAUGCUGCCAGCGGCAAAUCUUUUCUAGAAUCGAAACUCCUCUGCCACGUCAACCAACCAUUUACGUUAACUCACAUAAUAUCCAUCCUUUUUCAGAUCACCCAAAUGUCAAGCUCCACUCCGGUCUCAGUAACAGCAGCAAUCCGAGCAGUAGCGUAUAUCCUGAAAGACCACAUAGCAUGCGACAUAGCGGAAUCAGCAUCAAAACAGAUUACAGACAUCUUCAAGGACAAUGUCACGGCCAAACUAAUCGAUCACGUGGUAGCUGCAAUCUCCCCGCAAAUCGCAC